CUAGCGUACGAUAGAUCAACAAUACGUACACAAUACAUAUAGAUAUGUAUUCCGAUUUCCGAUACUAUUUAAAAGAGGUACUACUAUUUUUGUAUGGUAUUACCUCGCAAAAAUGGAAGUUUCCGAAGACCUUACAUCGGUUUUUUCAGGGACCGUCACAUCCACGUAUUACCACAUAAUCCUACAGAUCUUCUGCAAGUUUCUCACAUUUGCUUUGAACGGACUCGUUCUGCGCUACAUCUCCAAAGAUUUGCUGGGCAUUGUCAAUGUGCGUCUGCUAUUGCUGCAUACUACGAUACUUUUCCUGUGUCGUGAAGGAAUUCGCCGUGCAACUUCAGGAAAUAUUCGUCCAGAAGAAUGGAAGCAAACCGUCAAUUUAAUAUGGCUUGCGAACGUAUUCUCGUGUCUUUUAACGUUCGUGGGAUCAAUGCUGUGGAUUUUCCUAAUGGAGAAUCCGGAUGCCCCGUUUUACGCAUUCGGAGUUGUUGCGUACGGACUUUCUUCUGUUAUCGAAAUGACUGUCGAACCGAUGUAUGUCCUUGCUCAGGAAAUGAUGUUCCUCAAAUUGCGGAUUAUGGCUAAAUUCCUUUCUAUGACGAUCCAGUCUUCCAUCAAUGCCGUCCUUAUAAUUAUGGCUCCUCAGUAUGGAAUUUUAAUUUUUGCCGUUUCUCAUCUGAUUGGUUCCUUCGUCUACUGUAUAGUAUUUUAUCACUACAUCAAAAGACUGUUGCAUCCAAAUCAGAUUGCGAUCAAGUAUCCUAUCAACAGCAUUGCGGACUUUUUACCCAGCCGUACUGCCCCCAUCUUCCCGGAGAGAUUAUGGCAAUUGACUUUGAGUUUCACGUGGCAGUCCUUUUUGAAACAGAUUUUGACGGAAGGCGAGAAGUUUAUCAUGUCCUGUUUCCAGUUGCUGACUUUCGCUGAACAGGGAGUGUACGAUGUUGUCAAUAAUCUCGGAUCUCUUGUCGCGCGUUUAUUGUUUCAACAAGUUGAAGAAAAUGCGUAUGUCCUGUUCUCAAAAGUGCUGUCACGGGAUCCCGGUGGGGCAGAAGUUCCGUCGGAAUCUGAUAAGUUCGGAGCUAAAAUGCUGGAGGUGUAUCUGAAGAGCAUUUCCGCUUUAAGCAUCAUCAUUGUCCUAUUUGGUUACCAUUAUUCGGAUCGAUUGUUCAUGUCGGUUUAUGACGUUUUAUCGCAAACGCUGUCUAUCAUUUCUUUUGGUGUCAGGUAUAACCAAAAGCUUGUCGCGCUUUCUGCUACUUUCCUGUUGUUUUCCUGGAGUUUUGUCAAACAGUUUGGACCGGUUGGCUUCAUUCUGGCGAAUAUUCUUAACAUGGCUUUGCGAAUACUUCACAGCGUACAUUUCAUUUUCACUUACUACAAAGACACGGAAUCCCGACCUUUGCACGGUGUACUGGUGAAUAGCCGCUUCCUGGCAGCUGCGGCGGUGGUUUCUAUGGUCGUGUAUUUCUUCCGCAGAAUCUGUGAUAUUUCUACCGUUGUCGGACUCCUGGGUUUUCUUGCUAUUGGAGGUAUAUUGGGGAUUUUCAUGGUGUUGGUGCUGUGGACAACGGAAAAGGAGAUGAUUACAUUUUUGUACGGUUUAUUGCGGAAAAAGUCAACGAAAGCUGAAUAGUUUAUGGCACUCCGUCUUCUCAAAUUGUCUGUGUUAAGAUAUCUAUAAAGUUUUUUUAGAUGUGAGACAUUUUUGAUUUACUUAUUUUUGUAAUACUAGUUCUGGCAGUUUUAGUGCAGUUUGUGGAUUUGGCUUUGAGCUGUCUUACUUGGUUUUGGGUUCCGUUUCGCCUCGUGAUGAUGACAUUCGCUCAGUUUGAGACAUUUCCUGUAUAGAUACGUUUACAUAUUUAUAGAGCGCUGGAGAUUGUCAUAUAUUUGUGCAACUACAGUUUAUCCAGCCCAAAUGCAUAAAUGACAAGAAAAAGCAACAGCAUUGCGCCGAGCUGGACGUAUGUCAAUAAAGUAUUCCCCGUUCGA